AGAAGUGCUUACAUAUUUGUUGGGUAUGUCAGGGGAUGAAUGGUAUGUUCUGCCAAUUACUGACAGUAUAUAAAGGUCCAAGGCUAGUAGAAGACACACAGUUCACCACAUCCUCUCACAACCCACGUGAAUUCUCUUCUCUUGACAAGAUGUGUUGCAACUAUGGCAACUCUUGUGGCUAUGGCUACGGGUAUGGCUAUGGCUGUGGAUGUGGUCCCUAUUAUGGCUGUGGUUAUGGCUCAGGGUAUGGCUGUGUCAAUGGCACCAGAUAUGGCUGCGGCUAUGGCUAUGGCUCCAGCUGCUGUGGCUACCAGCCAUUUUGCUAUAGAAGAUGUUAUUCCUCUUGCUGGUAG